GUGUUGGUGUGAAUGUUUGCACAUUUUUAGUAACGCUUUAACACGCCAUAUAAAAUGCCGUGUCUCUCACCCCACUCAUAGUUGUGAGUGACAUCGGAGAUGAUUAACUUUGCACUCCUAGUUAUUGGCUGCGUUGCAGUCAAUGCUAUGCCGCAUCCCACUCUAGAACUUAUUGACCACAAGGCGGAUGCUCUGAAGGCAGGUGCGGCAAAUGUAGCAGAGGUAGGGGGCGGUGUAGUUGCUCAGAUAGGAAUUGGUGGUGCCCUGGGGGUGGAGCAUCAAGCUGGUGCUGGAGCAGGUGUGAUUGGAAAAGGUGAAGGAUGUAUUGAAGACGAAUUACAUCAAAAGGAAAACAGCAAACCUGGUGAUGGAAAACCAGGUGACGAGAAACCCGGUGACGGUAAACCUGGAGAUAACACACCGGGUGACGCUAAACCCGGAGAUAACAAACCUGGAGAUAACAAACCAGGAGAUGGUAAACCCGGAGAUAACAAACCUGGUGACGGUAAACCCGGAGAUGACAAACCUGGAGAUGCAAAACCAGGAGAUAACAAACCAGGAGAUAACAAACCGGGUGACGUUAAACCCGGAGAUAACAAACCUGGAGAUGCAAAACCGGGAGAUAACAAACCAGGAGAUGGUAAACCCGGAAAUAACAAACCAGGAGAUGGUAAACCUUGUGACGACAAACCCGGUGAUGGUAAACCCGGAGAUAACAAACCAGGUGACGUUAAACCAGGAGAUAACAAACCGGGUGACGUUAAACCCGGAGAUAACAAACCUGGAGAUGCAAAACCGGGAGAUAAGAAACCAGGAGAUGGUAAACCCGGAGAUAACAAACCGGGUGACGUUAAACCCGGAGAUAACCAACCGGGUGACGUUAAACCCGGAGAUAAGAAACCUGGAGAUGGUAAACCCGGAGAUAACAAACCUGGUGACGGUAAACCCGGAGAUAACAAACCUGGUGACGGUAAACCCGGAGAUAACAAACCCGGAGAUAACAAACCUGGAGACGGUAAACCCGAAGAUAACAAGCCUUGUGACGAUAAACCCGGAGAUAAAAAACCUAGUGAUGGUAAACCGGGAGAUAAGAAACCUGGAGAUAACAAACCAGGAGAUGGUAAACCCGGAGAUAACAAACCGGGUGACAUUAAACCCGGAGAUAAGAAACCUGGUGACGGUAAACCCGGAGAUAACAAACCUGGUGACGGUAAACCCGGAGAUGACAAACCUGGAGAUGCAAAACCGGGAGAUAACAAACCGGGUGACGUUAAACCCGGAGAUAACAAACCUGGAGAUGCAAAACCGGGAGAUAACAAACCAGGAGAUGGUAAACCUUGUGACGACAAACCCGGAGAUAAUAAACCCAGUGAUGGUAAACCCGGAGAUAACAAACCGGGUGACGUUAAACCAGGAGAUAACAAACCGGGUGACGUUAAACCCGGAGAUAACAAACCUGGAGAUGCAAAACCGGGAGAUAAGAAACCAGGAGAUGGUAAACCCGGAGAUAACAAACCGGGUGACGUUAAACCUGGAGAUGCAAAACCGGGAGAUAACAAACCAGGAGAUGGUAAACCCGGAGAUAACAAACCGGGUGACGUUAAACCCGGAGAUAACAAACCUGGAGACGGUAAACCGGGAGAUAAGAAACCUGGAGAUGGUAAACCCGGAGAUAACAAACCAGGAGAUGGUAAACCCGAAGAUAACAAACCUGGUGACGGUAAACCCGAAGAUAACAAACCUGGAGACGGUAAACCCGGAGAUAACAAACCUGGUGAUGGUAAACCGGGAGAUAAGAAACCUGGAGAUGGUAAACCCGGAGAUAACAAACCUGGUGACGGUAAACCCGGAGAUAACAAACCUGGUGACGGUAAACCCGGAGAUAACGAGCCUUGUGACGAUAAACCCGGAGAUAAGAAACCUGGAGACGGUCAACCCGGAGAUAACAAACCAGGAGAUGGUAAACCGGGAGAUAACAAACCUGGAGACGGUCAACCUGGAGAUAACAAACCAGGAGAUGGUAAACCGGGAGAUAACAAACCAGAAGAUGGCAAACCAGGAGACAACAAACCAGGAGAUGGAAAACCGGGAGAUAAUAAACCAGAAGAUGGCAAACCGGGAGAUAACAAACCAGGAGACAACAAACCAGGAGACGGUAAACCAGGAGAUGGUAAACCAGGAGAUAACAAACCAGGACCUGGCAAACCAGAAGAUUGCAUACCUGGCGAUGAUAAAAUAGGAGCUUUUCCAAAAGUAGACAUCGGGGCGGCUGUGACUGCCGCUGCUGGUGCGGGAGGAGGCUUAGGAGCUGCGGGCGUUGUGGGCGCUGCAGUUCAAGCCCAUAUUGCAGGCGAUCUCGCCGCUGUCGGAGGCGCAAAGGCGGCAGCCGGAGAUUUAGCAGCAAUCGGUGGAACUAAAGUAGCCAAUGACGUCGCGAUUGCGUCCGGUGUAACUGCUGGGGUUGGUGCUGCCGCUGCAACCGGCAACCCUGCGGCAGCGGCGGCAGUAGUCGGUGCCGGAGCGGGGGCGGGCGUCGGAAACGACCUCGCGACAGCCGGCGCCGCUGGAGGUGUAGCAGCAGGACUGGAAGGCGUCGCUGGAGCCAAAGUGACCAGUGACGCUGCCAUCGCUGGCGGAUUGGCUGCAGGUCUUGGCUUGCUGUGAGGUCAGGUCCAGCCGGCUCCGAGCUCUGGAAGGUGUCUUCGCCGUGCCAGCAGUAGCUGUCAGAACCAUUAACAUAUUCAAUAAAGUUAUUCCGAUGAUGCAGUGUCAGUCAUUUAGUUGGUAGCUAGAUUUAAAAUGUCUAAUAAAAUCAUAUAUAUGAAUAAGUUA